AUGAAAUCAGAUAUAGACCAUCUGUGUGACAGGGCAUGCGUAUCUGAAGAGUCUUGUAUGUCAUCGCAUAGCCUGGAUGAAGAAUUGAGCAAUGAGUUGUCGGAUGAGCAGAUUGAGUACGAAGUGAUUGAUUAUGAUGCAGGCAUCCAGGAGCAAGUGGCAAUGGUUAUGGGCCAGUCAAAACUGUUUAAAGCAUUUGGAAGUCUUUGCGAGUGUUUUUUUUGUCCAAAGGCACUGGUCAGUGGGGAUUUGGUCUUAUCAUUCUGUGUGUUUGUUCCGUUAGCAAGUAUGGAUAUGGCGUCUCAUGAAGUGCUUGUGAAGAAAAUAAACCAGCUGAUUAAUAAGACAAAUGUGAGCUUUUCAAUGGAUGAUGUCUAUGUAUUUUGUGUGGAACGGGCAGGAGACAUCCCAUUGGAGAUGGUUUUGGAUAUGUAUAGAGCCUUGAGGUAUGCAAAGCUGAAGUACAUUGUUUUUAUUUCCAGAGUUGUGCAAUGCAAGGGAGCUGAUGCAAGAGAAGCAGCAAAGGAAUUUAGUGAGUAUAAGCAGGCCGACCUAAGCGUAAUGCCAGUCAGAGGCGAGGAGGUGCUGAUACUAUCGUCUUAUGUCUGUAAGGAAGAUGUAAGAAUUGGUGGGAGUGUGUUUAGAUUGUUUCUGCUGAGCAGCAGGAUGUUUGGGUCCUUUAUAGGACGUUUUGCGAAGAAAGUAGGCAGAAGAUGA